AUGGGGGUCUGUGGGUACCUGUUCCUGCCCUGGAAGUGCCUCGUGGUCGUGUCUCUCAGGCUGCUGUUCCUUGUACCCACAGGAGUGCCCGUGCGCAGCGGAGAUGCCACCUUCCCCAAAGCGAUGGACAACGUGACGGUCCGGCAGGGGGAGAGCGCCACCCUCAGGUGCACGAUUGACAACCGGGUCACCCGGGUGGCCUGGCUGAACCGUAGCACCAUCCUCUAUGCUGGGAAUGACAAGUGGUCCAUAGACCCUCGUUGGUGUCUGGACCCCCGCGUGGUCCUCCUGAGCAACACCCAGACCCAGUACAGCAUCGAGAUCCAGAACGUGGACGUGUACGACGAGGGCCCGUACACCUGCUCUGUGCAGACGGACAACCACCCCAAGACCUCCCGGGUGCACCUCAUCGUGCAAGUAUCUCCCAAAAUCGUAGAGAUUUCUUCUGAUAUCUCCAUCAACGAAGGCAACAAUGUCAGCCUCACCUGCAUAGCAACGGGUCGACCAGAGCCGACGGUGACUUGGAGACACAUCUCCCCCAAAGCUGUGGGCUUUGUGAGCGAAGAUGAAUACUUGGAGAUCCAGGGCAUCACGAGGGAGCAGUCAGGGGACUAUGAGUGCAGUGCCUCCAAUGAUGUGGCUGCCCCAGUGGUGCGGAGAGUCAAGGUCACCGUGAACUAUCCUCCAUAUAUUUCAGAAGCUAAGGGGACAGGUGUCCCCGUGGGACAGACGGGGACGCUGCAGUGUGAAGCCUCCGCGGUUCCCUCGGCAGAAUUCCAGUGGUACAAGGAUGACAAAAGGCUGGUUGAAGGAAAGAAGGGGGUAAAAGUGGAAAACAGACCUUUCCUCUCCAAACUCAUCUUCCUCAACGUCUCUGAACAUGACUAUGGGAACUACACGUGUGUGGCCUCCAACAAGCUGGGCCACACCAACGCCAGCAUCACACUGUUCGAAGUCAAAACCACAGCUCUGACCCCUGGGAAAGGCCCGGGCGCCAUCAGCGAAGUGAGCAAUGGAACGUCGAGGAGGGCUGGCUGCGCUUGGCUGCUACCUCUUCUGGUUUUGGUUUUGCACCUGCUCCUCAAAUUUUGA